CAGUGAAACAAGACUGUGUUAAAAUUCAGUCCUGCUUUGUUUUGAGGUCCUUUGAAUUUACGCAAGGGGACGGCAGGAAUGAUAUUAUAGGGGGCGGGGUGAAAAGGGAGUGAGUGUGAGGGGGGGAGAGGGAGAAAGAGAAAAGAGAAAAGAGAGAGAAAGAAAAAGAAAGAGAAAGAGAGAGAGAGAGAUAGAGAGACUGAGACUGCUGUGCUCGCUGAGUCGGACGCUCUCACAAGGGUAUGGCCAGCGCGGUACAAUGUUGCAUUUCCAUGUAGCCAGGAGCAAAUGCAAACCUUGCCUCCACCGCAUUUUCGACAACACACUGGAGACGUAGCCAAUGAAUUAUUAUUACUCUUCUGUGAUCCACGCCGGCUGGCUGUAAAGAGAAGGGAGGGGGGAGAGGGAGAGAGGGUGAAAACCAAAAAAAAAAAAAAAAAAAAACCCGCAAAAUUAGAAAAAUCACCGUUAAAUGAAGAAGGAACCAGCAAAAAUCUCUGCCUCUGCGACCAGCAUGGCUCCAAUGUGUUCCUUCAGGAAGGUCCUGGUGAUUAGCACGGUUUUCGUAUUUCUGCUGGGGAUAAUGCAUUUUGACUCGCUCGACUACAGGUACGUGACUCAGCUGUCUAAGCUAAAGCUUCAGAAUGUGUUCAGCUCUACAUUGCAAGGCAAUGAAAGUGAGAGGAAGAGACAAAAUGAGAGUGAGAGAGGGGACAGAGAGUGUGAAACAUGUACAUCCAGUCAACUCCUAAACUUGUUCCCACAAGAAUGGAAUGCUUCAGACUGUGAAAGUAUUUACAAGUGGAUCACAUCAUCUCGUAUUCAACGGCAGACCGAAGGCGAUGUCAUUAAAAAGGUGACGCAUGUUAUGAAUUGCCCAUGGCAACAGCAUAAAGCAGCAGCCAAGGCCUUCAGAUGGGAGCUGAGGAGGUGCUGUGAUGCGGCACACAACUGCCUGGUGACGCAGAGUAACAUCCCGGCGGGGACAGAGGUGACCUACGAGGGGGAACCCAAGAGGAAGAUACGGAUCACACACCAGAUCUCUGCUUUGUUUCCCAAGGAAACUCCCCUCCGAAGACAGAAGUACAAGCAAUGCGCGGUCAUCGGGAACAGCGCCAUAUUGACCAACAGCAGUUGUGGCUCCAACAUCGACUCGGCCGAAUACGUGUUCCGGUGCAAUCUCCCUCCCAUGGGUGAGGCCUACGCCCAGGACAUCGGAACGAAAACCAACUUGGUGACAGCAAAUCCGAGCAUCAUUACAGAGAGGUACGGAAACCUCCAGGACAGGAGAAGGCCAUUUUACACAAACCUGAGUGUCUACAACGAAGCUCUCCUCCUCCUGCCUGCCUUCUCCUACACCAAAAACACCGUCCUUUCCUUCCGCGCCCUCUACACCUUGCAGGACUUUCAGGCCAAGCAAGAGGUGGUCUUCUUCAACCCCUCGUACCUGAAGCAUCUGAGUGACUUCUGGAACGGGAAAGGCGUUCAGGCCAAUCGCCUCUCCACUGGCUUGAUGGUGACCAGCAUCGCCAUCGAACUCUGCGAAGAAGUGCGGGCUUAUGGCUUUUGGCCAUUCGGGGUGAAUGUACACGGGCAGGUUAUAUCACACCACUACUUUGACAAUCAGCAGCCCAAGCCCGACAUUCACUCCAUGCCCUUAGAGUAUCAGCACCUCCUGCAAAUGCACAGUAAAGGGAUCAUCAAACUUCAGAUGGCUCAGUGCCAGACUGAUCCAUAGGAAGGGGGCAACAUUUAACGUCAGAUCUGUAGGACGUUAGACUGCUGGCCAAAGUAAGAUGAUUGGGAAAGCAAUAGCUCGGAUAGCUUGACGUUGAAUCGGGAGGGGUCUUUCAGGUCUAGCAUUGCCUGUGGCUUGUACCUGAUGGUUGAGUGACGUUGAUUUUUUUUCUCCAUUUGGGGAACAUCUAGAUGAUUGGACUUGUUUAGCCACCCAGAGAUUAUCGUGUGGUCAUUGACAACUAACCAAACAUGCCCGGUCGAUGUUGGGAGACAACCUUCUUCACGGCAAGCGAGGGCGGCCUAAGGAGCAGCUCAUGGCUUUAGACUUUAGAGAUACAGCAUGGAAACAGGCCCUUCAGCCCAUCGAGUCCACACCAACCAGCGACCCCCAUGCACCAGCACCAGCACCAUCCAGCACAAACAUUUACCAUUUUUACCGAAGCCAAUUAACCUACAAACCUGUACGUCUCUUUGGAUUGUGGGAGGAGACCAGAGCACCUGGAGGAAACCCACGCAGUAACAGGGAGAACGUACAAACUCCAUAUAGACAGCACCCGUAGCCAGGAUCGAACCCAGGUCUCUGGCACUGUAAGGCAGCAACUCUACCGCUGCACCACCGUGCCGCUAACUCUGUAGGUGAUAGGAAGAUGUCAAGGUAGGAGAACACAAGGAACCAGCAGCAUAGCCAACUUUUCCCUUUGCCUUCUCCGAAAUCUUGGGACUCUUUGCUCUUAAGUGACAUUUAACUGUUCCGUCCUCCAGAAUUGGUGAAUAAUUUCAAUUUUUUUUUUUUGGGUAACUUUUCCCAUUAUACCCCAAAGCCUUUUACGGCAAUGAAGUAUUUUUGAGGCCUUGUAAUAUAGGAAACCCAGCAGCCGGGCAUAACAUAGGCAGCUCCCAUAAACAUAUGUAAUAGUAGCCAAUGACAGACACAAAAAGCUGGAGUAACUCAGCGGGUACGACAGCAUCUCUGAAGAGAAGGAAUGGGUGCAUUUCAGGUCGAGAUCCUUCUUGAGACUGAGAGUCAGGGGACAGGGAAACGAGGGAUAUAGAUGGUGAUGUAGAGAGAUGCAGAAUGAAUGAAAGAUGUGCAAAAAAAGUAACAAUGAUCAAGGAAAUGUCAUUGUUAGCUGUGACCUAGGUGAAAAUGAAUUAUAGACAAUGAGACUCAAUACGAGGACUUUGAAGCUGGUAUGGCUUUGUGGGAGGGAUGGAGAUAGAGAGGGGUGCAAGGGUUACUUGAAGUUGGGGAAAUCAAUUAUCACACCACUGCCCAAGCAAAAAGGAGGUGCUGCCCCUCCAAUUUGACCGCACUCUUGACAGUGGAGGAGGCCCAGGACAGAAAGGUCAGUGUGGGAAUGGGAAGGGGAGUUAAUGUGUUUAGCAACCGGGGGAUCAGAUAGGUUUCAGACAUAAAUAUUGGUUAGGACUCAAGGAAUAACUCUGCAACAGGAAGAUCUCCAUCAGUCAGAGUAUUGAGUAUAGAAGGUACACAAAAUUGCUGGAGAAACUCAGCGGGUGCAGCAGCAUCUAUGGAGCGAAGGAAAUAGGCGACGUUUCGGGCCGAAACCCUUCUUCAGACUGAGCAUCGAGUAUAGAAGUUGGGAGGUCAUGUUGCAGUUGUACAAGACGUUGGUGGGACCGCAUUUAGAAUAUUGUGUUCAGUUCUGGGCACCAUGUUAUAGGAAAGAUAUUGUGGGAAUCGAGGACGAGAGGUUCAAGAUGAAGGGGAAAGGAUUUAAUAGGAAUACGAGGGGUAACUUUUUUUACACAGAGGGUGGUGGGUGUAUGGAACCAGCUGCCAGAGGAGGUAGUUGAGGCUGGGACUAUCCCAUCGUUUAAGAAACAGUUGGACAGGUACAUGGAUAGGGCAGGUUUGGAGGGUUAUGGACCAAUGGCAGGCAGGUGGGACUAGUGUAGCUGGGACAUGUUGGCCGUUGUGGGCGAGUUGGGCCGAAGGGCCUGUUUCUACACUGUAUCACUCUAUGACUCUGUAACUGCAAAAUCGGAGGAAGCUAUUUUAAUAAUUCAAUCUAUCAUCUUGCUGGCAUUGAGGGAGGGAUUGUUAUCUUGGCACCAUGUUAGUAAGCUCUCUAUCUCCAUCUUGUAGACAUCAGUGUUCCAUGUCUGGAGUGGAGCCACCUGCAAGUGCAGUUAGAGCUGAACUUGGGCACGCAGUGGUAACUUGAUUAGUACGGGUGCUGGGGAUUAUGGGGAGAAGGCAGGAGAAUGGGGUUAGGAGGGUCGGGUAGAUGAGCCAUCAUUGAAUGGCGGAAUAAACGCGUUGGGCCAAAUGGCCUAUUUCUGCCCCUUUCACUUUUGAACGUAGGACUGUAGAGGGAGAAAAGCCAAGGUCUAAUAACACAUCUUUGAAGGGCAUCGGAGUUGAGAUUCAACGUGGGGAACAUCUUCCUGUCUAUCCUCACUAAUUUUGGUCAAUGGGUCAUGAAGUUGGUGUGGAACUGCAAAAUAGGCAGAGGAAGCCAUUGUACAUCAAGUAGACCCAUCUACAAUGAAUAUACCGUCUACCUUAGUCAAAAUAUUCUUCUCCUUUGAGGCAAGCUCAGCAGAAGGCUGAGAAACUAUUCCCCCUUUCUCUAGAUGUGUGUGGGAAGGAACUGCAGAUGCUGGUUUACAUCAAAGAUAGACACAAAAUGCUGGAAUAACUCAGUGGGACAGGCAGCAUCUCUGGAGAGAAUGAUUAGGGUCAAGUCCCUUCCUCAGACUCUUUAUGGAGAUUUUCUCCUCUAGAAUUUUUUUACUUUAAGUCUAGACUUUGAAGGGAAGAGGCAGAGUGAAACAGUGAAACUAGACACAAGGAACCGCAGAUGCUGGUGUACAGAAAUAGGACACAGAGUGCUGGUGUAACCGGAAGAGUCCCCACUCCACAAACGUCACCCAUUCCUUCUCUCCAGAAGAUGCUGCCUGUCCCGCUGAGUUACUCCAGCUUUGUGUCUCUCUCUGUGUAUAGAAUACCGACUCAAACUGCCUGUGGCACAAUAGGCAAGAAAUCAAGUGCGUAAAGGGCCUGUCCCACUUGGGUGUAAUUUGCGUGUCAUUUACGCGACAGUGACUAUCGCGGGAAAACCGUCUAACGGUACAACAGUAGCGCGCCAAGUGCUCUUGAGGGCCCUGCUUCUUUUGGGAGCCAUUUGCAAUGUCGUUGGUACUUAGUCCGAUCUACGUGGCAAGGAUUUUCCCAGUGGAAAAUUGCAAAAUUACGCGCGCUUUAUACCCGGGUGGUCACGUGGCGCGGCGCUCAAAUGGAGCGCCGACGGCAUACGGGCGGCGCAUGGUUACUGACGUUGACGCACAAUAAAUUAACAUAGGCAACGUUCGUGCGCCACCGUGCGUAACUACACGUACACCGUCAGUACGUCAGCGUGCGCAAGGUCACAAAGGUGGCGCGCGAGGAUUUUGAACAUUCCAAAAUCGUGGGGCACCGCGCGUCACUGCAUACGUCACGACUCAUCACCACGCGACAUGCGCGCAUAGUGACACGCCAACCAAUUUUUAGGAUGACGUGCAAAUGAGACAGGCCCUUGACGAGCUACUUGGACAACUUGCGUUGGUCAGCCCAGUUGCCAGCGGCUGUGCUCCAGCCUUCUGUUCAAAAAACGGGUUGGUGGCAUUUGAACGUGAAACCACCAGGUUGAUGUCACGAUGACUUCACGAGGGGCAAAUGCAGGAGACAGCAAACCUGUUCUACUCUCCACUAGGAACUCAUGCCAGCACCAGCCAUCUAACCAAGCCAUAACCUCCUGAACCUGCAAGCAAUGGGCCAUCGAUGGGAAACGCUGUAUGCUGUUUCUCUGUCUAGAUCGAAAGCUUGACUAAACUAUUGAAGAUUCAUCACCUGAAUGUAUUAUGGGAUUGUUUUAAAUAUAGUUAACAGAAUAAAUGGAAAUAAAGAUA